AUGGAACGACGAAUAAGAUUUCGACGACUGUUUCAAGAUUCAUCUGACCAACAAUACCAACAACCACAACAACAAGGAUUGGGAGUAUCACGACGAUCAACUCUGAAUAGAUUUGAUUCUCCAACUUCAUUAACACCUACUAAUACUUUACAAACAACUGUUGAUCCUAUAAUUAUUACUAGAGCCAUCCAUGACUAUAAUGACGAUGACGAGGAUAACAACACAAUCUAUGCAACAACAACACAACCAUUACAUCGAUCAAAUACUACAACUUAUACAUCACAUUUCACUCGACCGAAAGUAACAACAAUAUUAAGUUUACCACAAAAAUUAUUACAAUGGAUAUAUUCCAUAUCAUUGAUUUUAAUCUUAUUAUUAUUAUUAUUAGUCAUCAGUGUUACUAUUCUUGAUGUUGUUAUUCAAACAUUACAAUCACCAUCUGAUCUGGCUCUUAAAACUUUUACAGUAUUAGGAGCAUGUGGAUUUUUCAUAUUCAUUUCGAUAAUUAUUUAUUUUGUUCGACUUUAUCAAUUACGAGUUUCUAUUAAUAAUAUUCCUAAUAAAUCAUUAUAUAUCCCAUUUGAAAAUGAUUUUGCUAAUAAAGCAAUCUUCCAUUAUAUCGAUGAUAAAUUAAAAUAUUGUCAUGAAAUUAAAUUUAAAAGUGGUCCAUUACAAAAUGCCAUGUAUAUUAUUAAUCAUCCUGGUUUAUCACCUCCAGAAUAUAUUAUGAAAAGAAAUGCUCAAUGUUUAACAAAUAUGAAUAGAAAUGUGUUUCCAAUAACCAAGCAAAGUAAUGGGGAUCUCAUUAAUCAAAUCAAUGAAAGUAUUAAUUGUGGUGGUAGUGGAAUUGUUGGCGAAGGAACGUUAUUACCACCUAAUAUUCAUUAUGAAGAUGUAAUUCGAAGUUUUGGAGAUAAGUUUUAUACAGGGAAAAUAUUCACUAAUGAUGCAUUACCAAUUGAAUUAUCAAUUCAAGAAAUAAUCAUUUAUUUAACUAAUCAAUUUUCUGAUCAAAAUAAUAAUAAUAAUAAUAAUAAUAAUAACCAUAAACCUAAUAUUAAUAAAUUAAUUUCAUUAUAUGAGAAAUUCCGAUUUAGUAAUCAAUUAAUAAAUCAACGAGAAUUGAUUGAAUUUAUGAUUGAAUUUGAUAAAUUUGGUCAAAUGUGUCAAAAUGAUUAUCAAAUCAAAUUUCCAAGAUCAAUAAGUCAUAGUCGUAAUAAUAGUACUAAUAAAUUAAGAAAAUUGAGUAGAUUAGGUGGUAAAUUUAGUGGAUUUGACUUAUCUGAUUAUAGUAGUGCAGCAUUAUUUGAUGAUGAUGAUGAUGAAGAAGAAGAAGAAGAGGAAGGUGUGGAUUAUAAUCAAGAAUAUAAUAGUGAAUAUGAUGAUGAUUAUAAAGAAGAAGAAGAUUAUGAUGACAACAGUUCAUCUAAUAAUAAUCCAUUUCAACAUUAUAAAGUUGAAAGUAAAUAUUUUGAAAAGGCAGUAACAAAUAGUGAUGAUAAUGAUAACAAUAAUGAUAAUUUGGAAAAUUCUUCUUCAUUGAAUAUUAGAGGAUUACAUCAUCAAAGUAGUUUUAGUAGUACGAAAUCAGUGAUUAGAAAUAAGUUGGCAUUAGGUAAUCGUCCAUCAUUAUUGAAAUAUGAUUCUCACACCAGUGGUAAUACUAGAAAUAAAAAGCAACGUCAAAAACGAAAUGAAGUGGGAAAUAAUUCUGAUGAUAAUGAUGAUGAUGAAUAUUAUCAAUUGCUGAGAAAACAAAGUGGAUAUAUUACUGAUUCUGAAAAUGAAGGUUAUGAAUUGAAUUCUAUAAAUAAUGAAGAAGAAGAAGAAGAAGAAGACGAAGAAGAAGAAGAAGAAGGCUAUGAUCAAGAUGAUCAAGAUGAUGAUGACGAAGAACAAUUUUAUCAAUUUAGAAGAGGACAAAGAACUGUACCGGAAAUUACUAUAAAUCAAGAACUUAAUCAACAACAACAAGAUGAAAGAAGAUCAAGUAAUGCUGAUAGCAUCAAACAUUUAUCUCCUACAAGCAGUAUCAAAAGGUAUUUCAAUUAA